AUGCCUGAUGAAUAUCAUGGUAUCCCCCAACUCAUAUCUCUUGAUGGCCACCGCGUCCUCUACGUCGCGCACGCGCUCUCCUGCAGCCAGCGCGGCCGCGCCAUCGUCCGCCUGUGGAACGUUAAUCUAGACGCCAUGUUCCCGCGCAGCGGCCGUCAGUUCCCGAAGCGGCGGCGGCGGCACUAUGGGAGGAUCGUCCUCGUGCUCGACGAGGCGGUCGCAGCGGCGCCGAGCGCGGAUGUACUCCGGUCGUACGACGGACACUAUCCGGAUGACGAGACUCACGUCGCCGGUGUCGUCAGGGCGGAGAAGAGCAACAGAAUUGCAAUGGAGAAGCCACCACAACACGAAACGACGACGGCAGCAGACAAGGAGGAGGACCAUAUCAGCAAGCUGCCGGACGACAUUCUGGUCCAGAUCCUGUCCUUGUGCCCCUACAGGACUCUCAUGAGAACGGUGUCGGUUUCAACAAGGUGGGAGCGCCUUCUCUCCCAACUCCCGGACCUGACCUUCUGCCUGUCGUUGCCUGUGGACACGCUGAGCGAGGAGCGCGUCCAGAGCAUGGCGCGGACGCUCCGGCGCCGGUGCGCAGACCACCACGCUAUCAAGACGCUUCGUCUGGUUUACAGGAAGGACGUGGCCAUGGAAUGCCGGUACGCAGACGACAUGAUCGCGCUCGCCAACGCCACGAAGCUGGUUCUCACCCCCCACGUGGGCAUGGAGUUCUUACCUGGCGAGGAGUUCUUACCUGACGCGGACGCCGGCGCCUGGUCCCUCCAGCUGCCACCCGCUACGGUCGAGCUGCAGGUGCUACCGUUCUCGUACGCUGUGAGGCCGCCGCGCAUCCACGGCGCCGACAUCAGCGCCCUUCGGUCCCUAACACUGCUGGGGCCCACGGUGGUGAGCGAGGACUUCUCGCUCGCCGCCACCGUGUUCCCGUCGCUGGAGGACCUGCACAUCGGCGAGUGCACGCUCGCUGUCAGUAUGAGCAUCUCGUCGGACACCAUGCCUCGCCUCAAACACCUCCGCUUCACCAACGUCAGCGUGAGGACAGAUGACACCAAAGCCGCCAUCACCGUGCUCGCCGAUGACCUGAGGACUCUCCGCAUGUCAUGCCCUUGGUACAGCAAGACUGAAUCGCUAUCGGAGCCGCUGAUGUUCUCGUGUCACUAUGGCGCCACAGCCGUGUUCACCAAAUACUCGCUGUUCCGCUUACGCGCACCCAAGCUGGCGGUGUUCGAGUGGCGAUGCUGCUAUGCUGACGAGGUGCGCAUUGAGGCCGUGGGCCGCCUCUCCGACGUCGCCAUCGAGGUUGCCGCCGGUAGGACGCGGACGCCGACUCCGAUUGGCACGGAACCCAAGUACGUGACAAUACAACAACGUGACAAACUUGUGACCGAUAUCCUUCAAGGGCUUAUGCCUGGGCUGCAGCCGCGCACUUGGAAAGAUGUAAGGAGGAAAUGCAUGCAACGUGAUGACAGGUGGUUGUGCUUUGAAGACACAACAAGUGCUUACCCUGCUACCGAAUGA